UGCACACGGUUGGUCCGGUUCGUGGUCAGUGGCGUCAGUGGUGGUAAGAUUGUUUUUUUUGUUGUGAAUUUGGUGUUUGUUGUGUCUUUAGUUUUGCUAUUGUUGUUCUGCUGCCGCUUUUAUGGUUAUAUUUUGAGGUGUAUUCUGUUCUGGAGUAUAGAAAUACAUAUGUAUGCAAUAUGUCAGAACCACAAAAGGGAAAGGACAGCUUAAUGAAGCUGUUACUGUCCACAGUUCCUGGUAGCACUACAAUGCCGUCAGUACCAAUUCCUUCACCAGCAUCUUCAGUAGCUGGUCAUCUGAGUGGAACUCCAAACUCGUCGAAUUUACCGAGUCCUGUGAGUGAGAGUGGUGAGGACAGCUGUACAAAGCUCAGCAGUUACUUGCAUCAGUUAGCAGGCCAGUCAGAACGAGAAUUGAAUGUUGUUCUGAUGGACCACUCAUAUUCUAAACCUUGGAAUUGGCGGCCAGAAAAUACAUAUGCGAAACCUACCAAGACACUUUUUGUUCAGCCUUGUGCAGCUUUGGCACAGACAAGCCUUUCAUCAAUUGAAGAAGAAGUGGAUGUCGAUGAAGAUGUUGCUGUACCAGUUCCUCCAUACGACAUGAGCAAAGUUAGACCUCUGAUGCAAGAGUGUGAAACACACGUGAACUUUGUAAGACGUGAAGAAGAUGUUGACGCUGACGAAUGGGAAGAACGAGUGUCACGUGUUAAUUGGACUCCAGUUCAAAAUCGUUUAUUCAACAAGAUGGUAAGAUUACUGCAAGCGGACCGUUUGGCAAGAUUAGCUCAAGCUGGAAACUGGAAUGAACCAGUGCUUCGUCGUAUCACAGUAGACAAGACAGUGCGCAGAAUACGCCAAAUGUUGGCAAGUGUGGGCUGGGAUAUACGACUCACACAGUGGCUUCAUGCAACUCUGAUUGAGAAUCUGAGUCGACAGUAUCUUGCUGCCUAUCUUGAUGUUCUUCAGUCUUUGAAGGCUAAAGUUCCAACACUGGUAGACAAAAUGAUAGCUGUUUCAACUUUGGCAAGUAAAACAGGACCAGCAAGUGCUGAGAACCUCAACAAUUUACUGAAGAGACCGUGGGAUCCAGCAGCUGGUAGUCUCAGUCAGCAUAAACCUAGGAAAUUGCCUGGCAAUCCUAUCCUUGUGAUAGCUCCUUCCAGUCCAAGUACUGGGUCAGUGCAGACAACUCGAGCACAGCAGUGGUUUGCACAUCUAUCCACACUUGGCCAAGUGAUAACAGUCAUUAUGCCAACAGGAGCUGGUACUAGUCGUAUGACAAUGACAAAUUGUCUUGAUCAAAUGAUAGCAGCUACUAGAUCCAAAAUCAGUGAACUGAAAACUGAUUUUCCAGGAAGGCCUGUUAUUCUCAUAGGAUGGAAUACCGGUGGUGCCAUUGCAUGUCAAGUGGCCUUGUUGGAACAAGUGACAGCAGUAGUAUGCCUUGGAUUCCCAGUAUUUACUGUGGAAGGGAACAGAGGGGAACCAAAUGACACGCUCCUAGAUCUGCAUUGUCCAGUUCUCUUUGUAAUUGGUCAGAAUGCUUCCACUGCUCGACAAGAAGUUGUUGAGGAUAUCCGAGAACGUAUGAGAGUAGAAACUGGAUUAGUGGUGGUGGGAUCGGCCGAUGAUCAACUGAGAGUUGGCAAAACAAAGAAACUAAUGGAAGGCGUUACUCAGAGCAUGAUUGACCGAUGCAUUCUUGAUGAAGUGGGUGACUUUCUGGGUAGUAUCCUGAUGCACCCAUAUCAGCCUCCAACAAGAGCUCCCCAUAUAUUCACUCCUACAUCACAGUCAAUGCCAACAACAGGGCAAACAGGAGCAGGAAAGGUAGAACGGAAAGGCAAGCACCUUUCUUCCAAUUCAUUGGAUAGCGAACCAUCAUCCCCUGCUGCCAAAAGAUCUCGGCCAGGAACACCACUGAAUGGAAAUUCCACAACAAUAUCAGCUUCUGCGGCUAUUGCUGCUGCAUCUGCUGCUAUAACACCCACUAAGUCAUCCCUAACAACCUUGCCAACUCUGGUAUCAGUGGCAGGUGCAUCAGUUUCCCCAGUACAAGUUCCACGACGUAAAUCUCGAAUGACAUCUGCACAAAAGAUGUUGCUGAAUUCUGUAAAGUUACCAGGAUCACAGGACUCAAAAUGGGUGGGUCAGGUCCGGCAGGGAGUGCACUCCCCUAGUCAGGUAGGCAGUGCACCUGGUGGUAUUACAGUGAACAUUGGAUCACUUGCUAGCCUGGCUCCAAUUGGGCCGAUACGACUUGCUCCAUCUUCUACCUCUGCUUCUGCCACAACCAGUACGUCUGUACACACUGCAAGCGAAGAGGGCAGAGAGCACACCGAGAGGGCUCGUAGUACUUCCCUCACUAUCCAUGGUACCUUGAUCUCAUCUGGUAAUACAAAUACAUCAACAUCCCUGCCUUCGACAGCAACUGUAUCUGCUCCCAUAAGUCGGAGUAUUGUGACACCUGCUGUAACAUCAUCUGUAGGCAGGGGUCUAACUUCUUCGACAGCCACAGUACUUCAGUUGCAAGGAAAGCAGUUGCUUGGAGGGCGUACUGUAUCAAGAACUGCAGGUGGUGGGGCUCUUACAACCCUAUCUUCACUUCUGCAAGGAGGAGCAGGCACCAGGAUUGUGACAUCAUCUGCAUCCAGUGUCUUGCUGGCCCCCUCAGCUGACACACACCAGCUUAAAGUUUUGGGAAAUGAAGACAAUCUGCAGACCUUAGUAUCAAAUGGGAGUCAAGUGGUGGCAUCCACUAGAGUGCUGUCAAGCAUGGGUCGAACUUUGGAUUUGUCCAAAUUAACAGUACUAACCUCUGGGACUGGUGCAGGUGGGAAGAGCAUUGUGGGAGCAGCAAGUGGAGGGAAUGUUGUGAUGUUAGCAGAGUCCCCUCACACAACGAGCAGUAGUUCACUGCUGGUGCCUUUGUCUGGAGUGUCACCAUCCCCAAUCACUCUCCUUCCUUUUGGCACCACCACCUCCACUAGGACCACUAGUGACGGUAACUCUGCAGGUCAGUGCCUCACUGUAGUAUCCAAAAUGAGUGCAUCCUCUCCCUCUAGACAAACAUUCACCCAACACCAAAUGAAAAUGACAGGGCCAAAGCUCACUACGUAUACAGUGCCAUCUGGACAUUUGAAGAGACCAGAUUCUUCAGUUGCUGCAUCGAAACCUCCAAAAAUAGGAAGAAUGUUGGAUGCACCUUCACCAGCCACAUUGGAAGAAGAGGAAGAUGAUGCUUUAACACCAGCUAAAAUACUUGAGCUUCCAAUUAUCUUUGCAAAAGAUGAUGAUUCUCUUUUCACUGGCAACAAAGCAGAGCCUGAAGUUCUGAGCACCCCGAUUGUUGUGCCAAUUGAUGCAAGUGCUGCCGAAGGUGGUGCUUCCUCUGUCCUGACCACAGGAGACACAAUCUCGUUUCCAUUAGAAGAUGAUGUAACAGAUCAAAUGUCCAGUUUCAUUAAACCAGCAGCAGCAGCAGUAUCAGCCCAAAAUCUUGUAUUGAUUAAAAGUGGGAAUUCCAGGGAGAAAGUAAAUGCUCUUGGUGGCAGACCAGUACUCCAGAAAACCCAAAGAAUUCUACACACAAUUGGGAAGAAGCCAAUCACCAACCAGUCGGCAGGGCUAAAGUAUACAAAAAUAAUUCUUACAAAUAGACAUCCAUCUUUAAAAGUUGGAGGACAAGAAUCUGAUAAUGAUAGUGAAUUGUCUGUUGUGAGAAACAAGAUGGAAGGUAUUGAACUUGAGGCAACCACUGAUGUGACUAAGCAGAGUUCUGUGCGCCUUGAUAUUACUGGGAUGGAGGAUAUAGAUAUUGGUCAUUAGAUGGCAUGAUGAGUUUAUAUUAGCCUUGUGCAUAUUUCUUCUGUUGGAUGUUUUUUUUUAUUUCAGAAUAAUGACAAAAAAUCGUUUGUUAAGAAGAUUAAUAUUAAUCAGCCAUCACCAUUAUCUUCCCUCAUAUUGGUUCCAUUACAGUAAUGUUUCACUCAUAGGUCUGCUCUGUCUCCUAGGAACACUCCUAUGCAACCCUGAAGCAAAAAUGUGUUCUGACUUUGUAUUGAGUUUCUGCAAGAAUUUUUCUUGUGGAAGUGGCAUACGCCAUUUGUCAUACAUGCUGGAACGUUUCAUUGUGUGUCAUGAGAGCAUUAUGUACUGUAACAUUGAUAGAUGUCAAUACGGUGCAUACUCUUAGUAAUAAAUAUAUUACUGUUCUUUAAUGCUUGCAUCCUGUUGUAUAUUGGUAUUAGAGUGGGGCUGAAUGACCAACACAACUUGUUUUGCUGCAUAGUAUAUAUAAUAUGCUGAUAUUUAUUAAAAACCGAUGUAUGCUUCAACUGUUUCUGGCCAUCAGGUGGUACAUACAAGAAGAGAACUUUAUUAUUGUGUUGCUAUGGAACACCUUAUUGACAUGGGUCCAUUACAGCAAGGUUUACAAUGCCUUAUACAAUUAAAAGUUAUACUUGUGAAAUUUAUGAAGAUUAGUGUUUAUUUUUAAAUAUGUUGUUGUUUGGGAGGAUGUUCACCACAAAGAAUUAGUUAAUGUUAUCUGUACAGAAUCAGUCUGCUGUGUAUAGCCAAGAGAGUCUUUAUAUGUUGCAUCAUAAACAUAUAGUUUCUUUAUUUCAUAUUUUCUGUCAACACAACAAUCUAUGAAGAUAAUACAAUUGACCUGUUUACACUGAGGUCGUGUAUCUAUGGUACAACAUGUUUCAACCCUUAAUGGGUCAAGCUCAGGUGCCAUUUCAUGUUAAGUGCUGUAUUUUUACCAAUAUGGAUCCAUAUUGUAAGGUUAUCUUUGUUUUUGAUAUGACCUUGUUACAAGAUCUUCAGAGCCAAAGUUAUAAUUAAAUAAUAGAAUUAUGAUUUUUACAUCAAUAUCAAAACUAAAAUAAAGGUAUGUGUGAAUGAGUUAUUCUGUUAUAAAAUCUUCAAAGUUUAAAUAGAAUUAAUAAAGUUACUAUUUUAAUAUUAAAAUCAUAUCUAAAUCAAAAGUAUGUGUGAGUAAAUUAUUCCUUCUGUAUACUGGUCUUGUGUUUUAGUUCUUGGGAAUACGCUUUCUUGUUUGGAGUAGUCACUUUUUGGAUCUUGUUGUCGUGACAUAAUUACUUGAUGUCUCUAAUGUUCCACCUGGUCUGUGGUGUGGUUUGAAUGUUGUGUUAGUACUGAUGUAAAAAAUCAUAGUUUUGUUAUUCAAUUAUGACUUUGACUUUGAAGAUCUCGUAACAAGGCAAUAUCAAAAAUAAAGAUAACCUUACAGUAUGGAUCUGUAUUGGUUACAAAUAUGAGUAUAGCACUUAACAUGAAAUAGUGCCCAGUGACGACCCAUUAAGGGUUCAAACAUGUUGUGCCAUAGAUAAACGACCUCAAUGUAAACAGGUCAGUUGUAUAUUUUCAUAGAUUGUUGUUUUGACUGAAAAUACGAAAUGAAGAAAUUGUAUAGACAAGAGAGACUAAAAUGUUCACAUUGUGAUAUUGAAAUAUACCUAAGAGUAUUCUGAUAUCAAAAUGUUCUGGUUUCUUGCUUGACUUAUUCUUCAGCUUUGAAGAUGUAGGUAAUUUUUCCUCUUGCGUAUCCAUGGACCUUUAGUAGAGUACAUGGUGUUAACACUCAAGAAGAUAAUACUCUACAUAGUCAUCAUGAUAAAACCCUCAAAUCCUAAUAUUAGUUAGUUUAACAUGUAUAGUGUGUAAUUGUGUAACACAUCUAAACCUACUUGAAAUGAAUCUAUGUCAGUAAGGUAACCUAUGACAAUUCAGUAACAGAGUUCUUUAUGAGUAUGUUCCAUCUGAUGAUCUCCAAAAAUGUUCAAAGUAUGUAGUGUUAGUGACUAGAUAUGGUUUUUAUUGUAUAUAUUUUGUACAUACCACACAUCUAAAUAAAUUGUGUUGACAGUC